AUGGGCUUUUUCAACUUGAACGGCGUGUUCGGCUUAUUCUCUGAGUAUCCACUCACACGUACUUUCAAGGACCCACGCAUCCCAAUGACGGUCACUAUCUGUUCAGUACUGGUACUUGCGGGGUUGGUAACUUUUAAUGUACUCACCCAGGGUUCAGUCUCCCAGACCGAAUCCGUCUUGCGAGGCCAUUGGUACAUCAAAAACAAUACCCUAUCAUGUCAACCCGCCACGAUGGUAAUGGGUAAUUCAUACUUCACCAACACGCGACCUACUCAUUUGGAAGAUAAUGGCGAGAUAGACAAGGAAGAAGGAGAGCAGAGGGGAUCAUUCUCUUGGUCACUUCAGAGUGUAGUACGAGGGCCCGAAGGUCGAGAUACCGGAGAGACUGGAUUUUAUUAUCAAGAGAGUCCACUAAGAUGUAAUAUUACUGGGAUCUCUCUGACCUAUGAAUUUCAGGUACAAAGCUUCUCCUAUUCAAUGCGGGCGAUGUGCGUAACUCCAAGUGUGGAGAAAAACACAGCGGACAACUUCAUCUGUCUCGAAACGAGAUUUUCAAUUGUGGAUAGAGCGGUACCGAGAUUCACCGAAGAGGUUCAAAAUAUCCUACAAGCGCAAAUCUUUGGAAUUUCAAAAUUUUACCCCCAACUCAACUUCAGCGCGAAUACAUUGCCGGGCACCGCUUUUCCACCUUACAAAGACCUGAACAACAGCCUGGCUGAGGAAGACGUGGGCAACCGUGACAUCCUGCAAUGGUCGGUCUGGUUGGAUGGUUUCAAUUACACUCUGGCGGAACACUAUCAUGAUUUCAAUCACUCGUAUCUUUAUAUGCAACCUGAACCGCAAGGAAAACUCUACAUCUCUGGCAAAGAGGCAAAACCGACAAGCUUCGACCAGGGCACCCUCGACCUACUCAACGGAGGCAAAUCCGGGCUGCAGAUUGCCGCCGUUGGUAUUGGAGGAAUCCGACCAAUUCCACCCAUCGCGACUUUGACUGCAGUUCAGCUCUUACCCGCACCGAUGCCGCUUUAUCUCAACCUAACGGAAUCCAUCCUAGCGAUCAUGAUGGACAUGGCGGGGAAAGAUCUCGAUCGGCGUGUUUUAGGUGCUGGAUAUCUCUGCACAAUCACCAGGAGCCCUUGGAAGAAAGCAAUACCCAUGUUGGCAAUGAUCAUUGGAAGUUGUUCAGGAAUGUUCGGGGCUUCUUUGACAAUAAUGCUAUUUGUUGCCCGAAGAUAUGACAGUCACUUGAUCUCGAAGCAAGAAAGGAGAGUAACAUCGGAUUCAGCAGUAUUAGAUGAUCAACUGAUGGAAUGCGAACGCGAUCGUCUGACGUUAGAAGAAAGUCACGCGGAAGUCAUUAAGAAGCAACCGGAAAAAAGACUGUGGUAG